GGCGUCGGUGGCGGCUGCAGCCAGCGCUGGUGGCCUCGCCUGGGAGCGGCUGCGAGGGUCCCGGCUCCGCGCACCCACCGGGCGGGCAGCAGCCGCUCAACAGCCCGAGCGAAGCCCCCCACUCUUCAGCCCCCGCACCCACACCUCGUCCCCUCCGGCCCAGCCGCCACAUCCGCCCCCAUGGACUUACUGGGCCCCAUGGAGAUGACGGAGGGCUCCCUCUGCUCUUUCACGGCCGCCGAUGACUUCUACGAUGACCCGUGCUUCAACACGUCGGACAUGCACUUCUUCGAGGACCUGGACCCACGGCUGGUGCACGUGGGGGGGCUGCUGAAGCCCGAGGAGCACCCGCACCACCACGGGCACCACCACGGGCACCCGCACGAGGAGGAGCACAUCCGUGCGCCCAGCGGGCACCACCAGGCCGGCCGCUGCCUGCUCUGGGCCUGCAAGGCUUGCAAGAGGAAGACCACCAACGCCGACCGCCGCAAGGCUGCCACCAUGAGGGAGCGGCGGCGGCUCAGCAAGGUCAACGAGGCCUUCGAGACCCUCAAGCGCUGCACCUCCACCAACCCCAACCAGCGCUGCCCAAGGUGGAGAUCCCUGCGCAACGCCAUCCGCUACAUUGAGAGCCUGCAGGCACUGCUGCGGGAGCAGGAGGAUGCUUAUUACCCGGUGCUGGAGCACUACAGUGGGGAAUCGGAUGCUUCCAGCCCCCGCUCCAACUGCUCCGAUGGCAUGAUGGAGUACAGCGGGCCUCCUUGCAGCUCUCGCAGAAGAAACAGCUAUGACAGCAGCUACUACACAGAGUCGCCGAAUGAUCCAAAGCAUGGGAAGAGUUCUGUGGUUUCCAGCCUCGAUUGCCUUUCAAGCAUUGUAGAGAGGAUUUCCACAGACAACUCCACAUGUCCUAUACUGCCUCCAGUGGAAACUGUUGCUGAAGGGAGUCCCUGUUCCCCCCCAGAAGGAGCAAGUCUGAGUGAUAGUGGAGCCCAAAUUCCUUCCCCCACUAACUGCACCCCACUUCCCCAGGAUAACAGCAGCAGCAGCAGCAGCAACCCUAUCUACCAAGUGCUAUAAAGGCAGGUCCGGGCUGGGACUGCACUGGAAACAAAUUUCUCCAUUCAGCCAUGCUCCAAGACCUGCCUUCUAAGACUGGAAAGACUUCUUAAGACUUGUUCCAGUUUCAAAAUAUCACUCAAAAUUCCUUCAAAUAUGUAACUUUUCAAACCUGUAUUACUUCAAAAUACACAUAGUUUAUUUAUUGGUUGUUAAACUAAAGUUAUUUAAUAUGUCUAGAGAUAAAACUGUAUACCAAGAAAUGGCCAAUGUUUAAUCUGGGCUUUGGGGGAAUAGGAACCUGGCUCUUGAAUGCAGAGGAGAAUAGAAAUCUGCAACAGUAGCAGCAUGACAGGAUCCUUCCUAUUCCUCCUAUUCUGGCCAAAAUGAGGUUGUGGACCAUUUUUAUAAAACUUUUUGUAUAAUUGUAAAUAAGAGUUGCUUUGCAAAAAAAGGGGGGGAAAAGAGGAAAAUAAAAAAAAAAAGCGCAAAAAUUAAAAGCAAUGAAAAAGGGAAAAAAUAAAUAUUUAAUAUUGCUUGGUUUGUUGUGUCAAACUUUAUAUAUUUAUACGAUGUGGUUGCCAAGAAUGUUUUCAACAGUAUUCUAA